AUGUCGGGCGGCUUUACCCGCGAAGCCGUUCUCUCGCACUGCCAGCCGCACGUGCCGGAAUUGUCGUCUUCUGAUGGCGCUGCCGCCCCGCUCCCGGCCGUCCCUUUUCUCCUCUCCUCCAACUCCGUCAUUCGCGGCAAAUGGCGCUACCAAGACCCUCCCGCCGCCGCCGCCGCCGCAGCAGCAGCAGCAGCAGCAGCAGCAGCAGCAGCAGCAGCUGACGGAAACGACACUUCAUCGUCGCCGGCUGGAGCAGACGGCUCGGCGGCAGGAUCAGCCGGCCAGCCGGCAGUCCGGCACAAGGUCCUGACGACGGACUCGGGCGCGUUCGAUUUCUGGACGGAGCACGUCGUGCCGACGGAAAACGGCACGUUGGACGUGGGCGCGCUCGUUUAUGUCACGUCGCAGACGGAAUGGGCGGAGAGCUACAUGGGGACGGUGGUGGUGCGCGCGGAGGGGUAUUUUUCGAUGCGCGCGGGGGUGCUGUGCAUGGUGGGGUGCCAGAGCCGGUUGGGGGGAGGCGCGGGGGGAGGGGAAGGGGAGGAGUCCGCGGAGGCGGAAGAUCCGUACGUGGAUCCGCGGAGGUGCAACAUGCUGCUUGUGCUGAAAUUCAAGGCGAAGAACGAGGUGAGACGCAUGCUGCUGGUGCUGCGGUUCAAGGCGAAGAACGAGGUAUGUGAUGUGCGUGGUGGGUCGCGGUGCCUGGUGGUGGGAUGUGGUGCUAGGUGGCGGAGUGGCGGAAGAACGCCCAAGAGCAGGCGGAGGAGCGCCUGGAGCGGAUUGCAGUGUGGCUUCCUGGGGGCUUCACCUGGUCCUCUCCCUCCUCCUUGCCCCUCCAUCCCUCUAUGUCUCUCUCCUUUCCGCCCACUCCCCGCCCCACACCGCCAGGCGGAGUGGAGGAAGAACGCCCAGGAGCAGGCAGUGGAGCGCCUGGAGCGAAUAGCCGUGGCCAAGUUCGGGGUCAACGGGGAGGGCAAGAGCAACGCCGCUGCUGCUGCCGCUGCUGCUGCUGCUGCUGCUGGUGCUGGUGCUAGUGGCAGCAGUGUGGGGGAAGAAGGGCAGGGAGAAGCAGGAGCAGCGGCAGCAGCGGCGGCAGGAGUAGGGGUGAUCGACCCGCACACUCUGAAGGAACGCACGGAUAUCACGAAGGCAGACCUGCUGGACGAGUUGGGAUCCGAGGUGGAUGAUACUUCCAUUGUCGCCGACGUGCUUGUAAUGGAGGGCACUGUAACGAGUACAAUCCCGGUGGAGCAGGCAGGGGAGGGGAGCGAGUUCUUUGGGCCGCUCGCAGUGGCGGGGGAGACGGAAUCACUCACACAGCAAGCGGAGCUCUUCGAUUGGGACAUGGUGGUCUCGGCCGUGCUCUCUGCCUUCCAAGCGCUGGCAGUGUUUUCUCAGGUCUUACAUGUCCGUUCACACCCCCACGCGCACUUCACCUCCCUCACCAUGAUUGCCACUCAGAUUAUCGUCUUCGCCUCCUUCUGGCUGCGAGACCUCUACUACCCGCUCUCUUUCCUCUCCUCAGACGUCCUCUCCUACCUCCUCACGCAGCUCGCCACCCUCCCCCACGCCAUCGAGUUCCUCACCCUCCUCCUAUACGUCCUCCUCUUUGUCUCUGUCGAAAGGAAGCGGAAACGGGCUGCAGCAGCGUACGCAGCAGCAGCCAGCGGCCUCCCUGUCAGUCCCUCCUCCUCCGCUGCUAUUUGCGCCUCCCGGCCCGCCUUCUCGCCCUCCUCCCCCUCCUCUGUCUCCUCCCGCUCCCCUUCCUCCUCCUCCUCCGCCUCCUCCUUUUCCAUCUCCUCCGCUUCGUCUCAUCCCGGAAGAAACGCUGCUAAAAGCACUCCACCCAGAAUCACCGCUCCUCCGGGAGAAACCUUCGGAACCCACACCACCACCCAGCACCACGCACAACCCCACCAGCAGCAGCCGAUGCAGUUGCUACCUCCCCCGAGUGACGCCUACGUGGCGCUGACGAUCAUGGGCAUGGUGGGGGUGGGCGGCGGUAUUCUCUACGUGUGGGACGCUACAGACGUGCUGCUACAGCUCGCCCACUUCCUCUUCCUGCUGCCGCAAUCCAUCGCAUUCGCCAUCUGGCAACCCCCACUCGCUGCCUGCCGCGGAGUCUCCCUCAAGUUUGCUGUCGGCAACUGGGCCGCUCAGUCCAUCUGGCUUGUCUUUGACUGCUGGCGGCCCCGCCUCCUCGGAUACGACGCACUCUUCCCCUUCCCCCACGCCUACUUCUGGCCCUUCUUCAUCAUCAUGACGUGGCACCUAGCUGUCUUCCUCACACAGUGGAAGUUCGGACCUCUGUGUGUGACAAACACCUCGUUACACGGUUACGCGGCUGUCCCGUCGUCCAACGCGGAGGAAGAUGGGGUGGUAAAUGGAGUGGUGUAG